UGCUUCCUUCCUUCCCCUGUCCUUUAUUCAAUACUCCUUCCCUCCUUCCCUCCCUCCACUCCCCUGUCAUCACUUUGUUUGCUGGGGUGCGGUGCGUCGAGCGGCUCUGUCUGUACUCUGUGGCUGCGCGUUUUCUCAAUGCGUAAAAAGGCGUGCGCGUCGCGCAUCUCCACUUUUCGGCGAGUGAGAAGUGGGCGGACCUCGGAAACGUAUUUAUAGCAGCAAUUGGCGAUCAUUAAAAGGUGUUUCCCGCUGGAAGAAGUGAAGGGAUCAUAUUAACAUUGUGUGGACGACGUUUCUUCAGCGUCGGACAGCGGAGCGAACAGCAGUGAUCAUGGAAUCUAAUGAUGUAAACGCACAUGAACCUGAACUGGUGCCACACAAGGGCAUCAAGCUGAUCGAGGGGACGCAUGAUCCGGAUGAUGUGGACCAGAUUUGCAACCUGGAGAUCAGGGACUCGGAUGUGUUUGUCAUCACAUACCCAAAGUCAGGGACAAUCUGGAUGCAGCAGAUUCUCCUGCUGCUUGAGUCAAAGGGAGAUGUGACCGCCGUCAGUAAACUCAGCAAAUAUUCCAACGCUGACCUCAUCCCCUGGAUUGAGCUGAAGGGCAACAGGCAGGCGUUCAUCACGGCCCCGUCACCCAGACUGAGGGUCACCCAUCUGCAGCACCACGUCAUGCCCUCUGCCCUGAGCCAGAGGGGCAAGGUGAUCUACGUGGCAAGAAAUCCCAAAGAUGUCCUUGUGUCUUACUAUCACUUCCAUAAGGUUGCAAACAUGUUGGAAACGCCGAGGGAUUUCAGUGACUUCUUUGAUAAAUUUAUGAGAGGAGACGUGUUUGGGUGUAGCUGGUUCGAUCACGUUAAGACAUGGCACUCACACAAGGAGGAUAUGAACAUGCUGUUCAUCACUUAUGAAGAAAUGAUUCAAGACCUGCCGUCUGUAGUGAGGAGGAUCUCAUUGUUCCUGGGUAAAGAAUUGACUGAUGAGCAGCUGGCAAAUGUGGUGAAACACAGCACCUUCAACGUCAUGAAGAAGAUCCCUCAUGCCAACUAUGAACAGGUGCCAGGUGAUCUACUCAACCACCACCAAGGAAGAUUCAUGAGGAAAGGCACCAUCGGGGACUGGAAGAACCACUUCACUGUGGCCCAGAAUGAGAGGUUUGACGAGACCUUCAACAAAGAGAUGAAGGAUGUUCCUCUGUCUUUUAUCUGGGACAUCCUGGACAUUGAGUGAGCAGUUUGUUGCUCUCACGACAACAAAGAGAACAAAAAGAAGAAACAGUUGCAACUCCAUGAACUCUGCUUUACAGAGACAGCGUCUGCUUCUCUUUCCCUGUGUAUAUAUUAGCAUCUGAGGGUACAUUUCAAUUUAUGGCAGUUCCCUUCCCCAUUUUAGUUCAAAAACCUAUGCAAAUCUCUAUUGGGGUAUCUUAUAAUACCAAUGAAAUCAUGGAAUGGCUAGGUUGUGGUCUAACUAUAGCAGCCUUGUUUUGUAGUCAUGUACGUUACAGUAUUACUGCUUGCUGAUGCACUGAAUGCUCUUUGAAUCAAGCUGCAUUUACAACCUAAUUACCAGUUGCUUUGACAAUAGUAGAAAUGUCUUGCAUACCAUUCUCAUAUAUCUAAUUUGUUAUCAAUGAGUUAAAACCAUUGGAUUGUCUGUGGAAUGUCUAAUAUGGCUGCUAAAUAUAUUGUAUUAGUCUAUAUUUACUUUUGCAUAAGUCAGAGUUUAUGGAUUAAAAUAUCAGUGAAACCAUAUUGUCUCAGUCUGUACAAGAGACCACACCCACUGCUUGUGUUCAAUUUCAUAGAAAUGUGACUUCAAGUGCAGGUGAGUAAACUCAUUGGUGUUGACUCACCUCAACAUCAACCUUUUGACUAAGAGUGACACAUAAUCAAAAGGAUGUCUUAACGCCUCUUUGUGUUUUAGUUAUCAGGCUUCGUCCUGAUAACGUGUACUACAGAGCCGCUUGUCAACUGCCUCAGUUAACCCUGGCUCAUGUGGCAGAGCCAGACUCCUUUAUUACAAAAAACAUUUGUUUGAAAUCUAACAAAGUGACAUGAAGACAAUGUGAUCAUGUGACGAGAAAAGAAACACUAGACGUGAGAGGGUAGUUAAAGUGAUAGUUCACCCCAAAAAUGUAUAUUUGACUCCACUCACCACAAGCUGACAGUGGGUGAGGUGCUUGAGUCCAAUAAAACACUUUUGGAGUUUAAGGGGUAAACUUCAUUGCAGCUAUAUCCGAUACAAUUAAGUAAAUGGUGAACAAUACUUCAAAUGUAAAAAACAAAAGAAAAAAACAUGCCUCCAUACUGCUCCUGUGGUGUCAUCCCAGUGUCCCCAGACAUUCAAAUUCGACUCGAAACAAAGUUCUUAAACCUUGUUUUUAGCCUGAAUGUCGUCUGUUAUCGUCCUCUGGAAGGUCUGUCUGAUGCUCCUUCAGCAUAGGGGCAAAGUAUGUGGUGAAUUUAGGAUUACUGAAAUGUAAAAGGCUUAUGCUUUAAUUUCUCCUCAUGUUCUGUGCUGCAGUGAUAAAAUAAGAGUCAAAGCACAGACAGUGUCAGGACGUCUGUCAGAAUCAAAUAAUCUUUGUUGUUAAUUCCUUUGCUGGUCAGACCCUCUGCUUUACACCAGAGUGGACACAAAUGAUACUUUAAGUUAUCAUAUUCAGACUGAGUGACAAACUAAAACAGAACAUCACAGAUUUAACACUCACAUCAUAAAUGGGCACGCACACACACACACAUACAAACAAAUAACUGACUUUUAACUGGCCUCACAAAUAACUGGCCUCAGCUGCUUAUUAACACUAUUUUUUGUGUAUAUUGAACAAGUUCACCUGGGUUGUGGUGGUGUAACAGCAUUUGUGAAACUGCUUACGCAACUGAUUUUACAGUGUGCAGUGCAUGAUGAUGAAGGCUGGCUAUGAAAGAUGUAAAUUAUAUAUUUUAAUAAAAUGAGUUGUUGUAAACUUAUUCAGUUGUUAUAUGACUGUUUAUGAGACAAUAAACACUGAUGCACUGAGAA